AUGCAUGAUCAAGAACUAAGAGUUGAUAUUGGCCGGGAUCGUCGUACGUCCUUCACUGGACACAAAGGAUCUUUAGACUAUAGGAGUGUCAAAACGGUUUCGGAUGUUGCAGAGGAAUGUGUGAACGCAUAUCUUCGUCCUUACUUCUAUUUCAAUGCAGAGCCUUCUGCAGAGUUUAGCUCUUCGGACAUUGAUGAUCAAACCGACCUUGUGGACUAUGAAUCCGCGUGCGCAACAACAUUGGGAGAGAUUCAACCGGCCGCGAAUCGUAUGCUCGGUCCGGGCUCGUCUCCGCGUAUCCCCCGUUCCUUUUUCGAUCAGUUCACUGAUGCCAGCCUAUUUCUGCUCACCGAUUUCCUCCAGUUGCAAAUCGAUCAGACCGAGAUUGAACCGGUAUUCGGACGUGCUUUCCUCUAUAAUGUGCAUUCGCGUUCACGUGUUUCCGAGACGUUUCACUUUGACACCAAUUCGGAUAACUUGUUGGGCCUGUUUAACGGCAGUAAUAGUGAUCAGCAAAUAGAUUAUCGUGAAUUAACGACCAUGUCAAAAACCGGCCUAUUUCGGGUGUCCAAGCAGCGAGGUGCGGAUAAAUUCACCGGGGCGGGAGAUUCGCUUCAGCGAAAUCCUCCCCGUUCAACACCGAUCAGUACUCGAGAUGUGGAAAGUCACUCGUUGGUUACAUUAAGCGAGGAAAAUGAUGGCUUUUCAAAUUCGGAAAGUGGUUUGAUUCUUUCUUUCCGUGAUUCGGCUCGCCCACCCGUUCGGACAAAUGGAAAUACCAAUUCUGACUCCUGUUUUGCCAGUGGAACGUUUUUGGUCAUUCGGGUCGAUAAAGUCCUCCAACAAGGAGAUAUUGGCGAUAUUUUGGAACUUCACAAUAAAGAUGAAAAGGUACGUAAUCUUGAUGAGAUGAUCCUCUCGCGUCGCGUCCGUCGCACAACACGUCCCUCCCCCUCUACAAAUUCAUCAAUCCGCUGUUGCGGAUUUCAGUUGGACGUAGUGUCUCAUCAGAUUGUAACUGCCAGAAAUCACGUGAUGUUCAUGUUGUCCAAAUGGCUCUGUUUAUUCAAACUAGCCAAAACAAAUAGUUCGGUUUUCUCAAACGCGGAAAUUCACUCUCACUAUUGUUUCCGUUAUGAAAAGAUCAUGUUUGAAUCAGAAUGUUCAUCGGAACCGAUGAAACAUGCAGGAUGGGCGGACAAGCGGAGUCAAUCGGUGGGUGCGAAACACGGAACUAAAGUGGUUUCACAUUCAAGAAGUGCUGAACUGGACGAUCUCCUCUUCACUUGUACACCCACCAAAGACCGAUCAGUCCUCGAUUCCGGCGACGCAUCUGCCACGACGAGCAGUCCGUUUGUUUCGGUCGAUUUGGAGAUCAAUACGUUCUAUCGUUGGGAAUGGGAUAAAUCAUGCGACGAAGAGCUCGGUCGGUGUUUAUCCGAUAUGCAUCGAAACACGCUCGCCCGACUGGCUGUUGUGGAUGUGGCCACUCGGACUUUGGCGGCCACCGCACAGCAUUCAGUCGGUCAACCGAAUCUCCGAGACGCAAUGCCUGUUGCCGAGCUGUUACGUCCAGCGACACUGAAGCGUUUGAAAACGGCAUCCAAUUUGACUCUGCGAGUACGACUGCAAGCGACCGAAGCGUUCAAUUUGCCGGCCUUGUUGACAUUGACCGGUUCACAUUCGGCUGCGGGGAAAAGCCAUCAUCGAUUGAUCAAAUCACUCCCUCUUCUCAGUCCAGAAAGUUUGCCUUAUAACGGAUCUUUCUUUCAUACGUUUAUUCGUCCACAAUCUUCCGGGCGAGUUUCUUCACAAGCCGCCAUAGACAAAUUACUACCACGUCGACAGGAGACCAAUGCACCGAGUUCGUUCUGUGAAUUACGUCCGAUUCGAGAGGUGCUGGAAUUGCCCUCACCGCAACUGAUGAGUCCGUUUACGUCUUAUAGAAAUUUGCUCUAUGUUUAUCCACGGAGUGUAUCGUUUCCAGCAAGUCGACAAAAUUCAUCGAGGAACAUUGCUAUCUGUGUUCAGUUGUUGUGCACCGAUGGAGAUGUGACCAAGUCACUCCCGGCCAUAUUUGGAAGAAGCAGUUGUCCCACGUUUGUGAAAGAGGCUUUCACCACGGUUUUAUACCAUAAUCGUUCGCCCGAUCUUUACGAUGAGAUCAAGAUUCAACUGCCGAGUCAGGUGGAUGAGAACUUGUACUUGCUAUUUACUUUCUAUCAUGUCAGCUGUCAGUUUAAGAAAGUCGAAUCGAAUGCUGCCCUCGACAGCGUGAUUGGAUACUCUUGGCUGCCGGUGAUGCACCAGGGAACGUUGUCCAGUGUGGACGUAAAUCUCCUAGUCAGUACAAUGAAACCCACCCCGGCUUUGGCAAAAUUACGACCGGAUUUGAAGGAGAUGUCUGAAAAGUAUCAUAUGGAUGCAUUCAAAUGGGUGGAUGCACACCGGGAGUUGUUUCGUGUCUCGACCUUAGCCAUCUCCAGUGUCUAUCCCGGGGAUGCGUGUGUGGAAAUGCUCCUGUCCGCGUGUCAUCCGACCAGAGUAUUAUCUACCGUCCUAUCUUUCUCGGAGAACGACUCGUGGAUCCGUCUUGCUCGAUGCAUUAGCACUGCCUCAAUCGGUCAGCUUAUUGCUUUUCUGGUUCCGUUGUUAGACGGCUUUUUUCGUCUGAUGGCUGUCAGUCUGUUAUACCAAAAUUCUACCAGGGAUUCUGAUACGGAUGAUCGUUGCGCUUUUGGUUUUUCCGCUGUCUAUUUGUUGAGUCUUUUCUGUGAACGACUGACUAACUCAUUGCCCGAAUGGAACGACUCGAAUGGCCGUAAUCGUUUACUCAUUGGCUACUUGAUGGGUUCGAAUUCUGUGGAUUUGGAAAAAGUACUCGCUUGUCACUUCGACGGAUUGCCUUUAUUUGGAAUUCCCGCCGUGGAGGAACUGGUUGACGGCAUUGAUCCUCAACAGUUACGACCCAGCUCCUCGCUCCCCGGAGAAUUUCUCCAAGUAUUUUUGGCGCCUGGUGAGGCUUCCGAUGAGCGAAUUGAACGUGUCCCGGUAGUCGCUUGGUGGUUCAUUUUCGAAACUUUGAUCCGCUUCCUCAUUGAGUAUUCACCAUUGAGGCCGGGUGAGCCAAAAGCCCUGACCUCGCCAUCAACCAGGCAGAGAAGAAAACAGUCAACUAAAGACACAUCACUACCAGAUAGUUCAACUUUGGACAAGGGAACAGACGCUAUCUUGAACGAUUUGAACAGUUUCAUUUCUACUUUUACUAGGCGCCUGAUUUUGCGCAUCGGACCCAAGGCAGAAUCUACAAGCCGAGCGGACACCACGGAGUAUGCGAUGAAAUUGAAUCGUUCAUUGUCGCAUUUCCUGUUCGACUUGAUGACCUUGACCCCGGGGAAGUUUAUCCUGUCCGCCAUUGUUGCCCAUCACCGUGCUAUCAGUGAACGAAUCCGCCAUAUAACGUCUACCAUGACAAUUUCGUCUGACCAUUGGGAACUGGAGGUGUUGUUCCAGUGCAAACUAGAUCUAUUGCGCAUUGUAUGCUCACACGAGCGUUACCUCACUUUAACCGGGGUGAUACCAUCUGGGCCGUCGGUUCUACUCGACCGAGUCGUGGUGGUGGUGGAGAACGGCCAAGUGAAGUGUGUCGAACGGGAGAACUUUCCUCGCAUCAUUCACGAAGAGGAAUCCGAUCCUUUCGGAUAUCAGAAUGUGCUGACCCUGAUUCUGGCGUCCGAAUUGGAGGCAUGCAUGAGUUUGAACUCACACAAACUGCAAAAUCAGGCCACGUCUUUACUAUGGGAUCUCCUACAUCAACACGAACUGAACGCGCGGUCAGACAGUCCCACUGGCGGCGAAACUGUCCCUGUGCGGGGCACAUUUAACGGACUUGACAAAAUUGCCAUGCUGUAUGUGGUUCUUUUGGACAUUGGAUGUCAGCUGGUUACAAAGGUACCCAAAAUUCACAAGGCCAGUAUGCCCAGUAGUAAUAGUAGUAGUCGGUUUCCUUCCACGCUACUCGAAGUUGGUCUGUCCGAGUCUGGCAAAUCGACUUUCGUGAUGUUGCCAGAUGAUUAUUCGGCCGAUGGAAAUCCCGGACGCCUAACGGAACCGAUUCAGGAGUAUGUGUGCGACACGGAUGCAAUGCGAAAAUGGCUGCUCUCGUUGCUUUGGAUUAUGCGUUACGCACCGGAAGCGAUUAUUCGUGGUUGGCUUCGUCAACUCACCCCGGAAUCACGAAUGCAAUUGGUCUGCAUACUGCAUGUGAUCGUGAAUGUGUUCGAGUACCAGGUCAUCUACAGCACAGCAAACACAGAGUUACUGAAAUUUGCCGAGGCUCUAGUCAUUCAUGCUCUCGAAUUCGAUAUUCUCCUGCAUGGCGAAACUCCGCAAAAGACCGAAACUCUGUAA